UGCUUUUCGGGAUCACCGAUCGCUUCAAGCCAGCCAUCACAAGAUGCGUUCCUUGAUCAGACCAAACAAUGACAACUCGGGCCCUGAAUGCACAUGUGGUCUGGACUCUACAUCUCUGCGCCCCGAUGAGAACACAUCGUUCAUCGCCGAUGUUCCGGCUUUGAAACGAGGACAUUCAUACCCUUACAUCAAGCAGGCAUCGUCGGCGGGCUACCCUUUACAGAACACUCUCUCUCCCUCAGUGUGAUGGUUGUUGCACAAGACAUUUCGAGGCAACCCGUCUUCCCUCUGAGAAGCCAAUGUAAGCGCCGGCGUGGAUUUAAGCGUCGAAGCGCUAGUCUUGGGAAACCGGUCAUUUCAGUUUACUACACGAAUCAACUCCAGCCAUGAUUUCAAGCAUCCUUAUCCCGACUGUGGCUACUCUGCUCGCAUCGGUUGCCUGCUAUGCUCUCAAGGUUUGGUACACCAACUGGACCUCACCCCUCCGUUUCAUAGACGGUCCGCCCUGCGCUAAUCCUUUCCUGGGACACUUCGCAUUGGUCUUUGAUGUCCCGGAUAUCACGGACAAGUGGCGAGAGAAAUACGGCCCGACGUUCAUGGCCAAAGGUAUUUUCGGCGAGGACGAUCUGCACACGAUGGAUGUGAAAGCCGUAUCUCACAUCCUAUCCCACGGCGCCAUCUACCAGAAGCCGUAUGCUGUUCUUUCCGCCCUGCGAGUGAUCCUGGGCGAAGGAAUUCUUUCGGUGGAGCAAGAUCCUCACAAACGUCAGGUAACUUGGAUGCUACAUUAUAGCCCCGCCUUUGGUCCUCAGCAGCUCCGCUUGAUGAAUGAAGUAUUCGUGGAGAAAGCGAUAUCGGAGUUGUGUGACAUGCUGGCGAAAGAGGUCGACAUUGCCGGUGGGCAAUUGACUGCGAACAUUUCAGACUGGUUUCGUCAGCUCACGCUGGACAUCAUCGGAGAGGCUGGAUUCGGAUAUCACUUCAACUCUCUGAAGUCGGGCGGCAAAGACGAAGCGGAGUUGAGCACAGUGUUCGCUCGGUUGCUCAACGACCCGAACGUCAACUUCAAUGCGGCCUUCCGGGCUGCACAAGUUGCGAUCCCGGUGCUGCGGGCUCUGCCGCUCCCCGGAUGGACAGUCACCCGUUAUGCAAACAAGAAGCUGCAUGCAAUAGGAAGGGAGCUCUUGCACAAAUCAAAGGCCGAAUGCGCUGCGCUUGGGUCUAACGACUUGGGAUCGGGCCGCGACUUGUUGUCAAUUCUUGUCAAGGCAAACAUGUCUAGUGAUGUUCCCGCCAGUCAACGCAUGAGCGACGCCGAAGUCAUUGCCCAAAUACCCACAUUCUUCCUUGCUGGGCACGAGACCAGCAGCCUCGCGCUGGCCUGGGCGGUGCAUGCUUUGUCGCACAAUCAGACUGUCCAGGACAAGCUGCGUCAAGAGCUGCUCUCACUUUCGACUGACACCCCGACCAUGGACGAGCUCGAUGCAUUCCCAUUCCUCGAGAAUGUGCUCAGAGAGACGAUGCGAUUGUAUGCCCCGGCAGUCAGCGCCCAGCGCGCAGCCAUGGCAGACGACGUAUUGCCGCUCGACAAGCUGUAUGUCGACCGCAAUGGCGUCAAGCAUGACACUCUUCCGAUCCGCAAGGGCCAGGUCUGCACUAUCUCGAUCUUGGCCAUCAACACCAGCAAGGAGCUUUGGGGGGAGGAUGCGCUCGAGUUCAGACCUGAUCGCUGGAACAAUCUACCUGAGGCUGUGCACGCCAUUCCCGGAGUCUGGGCGCACCAGCUGACCUUCCUUGCGGGCCCCCACAGCUGCAUGGGCUUCCGGUUCACAAUCGUCGAGCAAAAGGCAAUUCUGUUCGGCCUGUUGCGCAACUUCGUCUUCUUCCCCGCUUCCGACGAGGUCAAGCCUGCGAUCAGCACAACGUUCCAGCGUCCCAUCUCGUACGUUUCGGGGAGUGCCGAGGCUGGUCUGGUCUCGACCGGCGGUUUGCGUAUCACGAUCAGGUCUUACAAGGGUGGAGUCCAUGCUUGACAAUUCAGAUAGCAUACUUUGUGUACUGCGUUUAUUUUGAAGGUUUCUCUUGGAGUACCUCUUGAUGCAAUGUCGAUAAUAUCGCGUCUUGGCG